CCCAAAACAUAUUACAUAGUUCAUGGCUUUGGUGGCUUCCAAUGGUCUAUUCCAUCUCAAAGUCCUCAUGCUCAAGCCCUCAAACCUCCACAACCCUAAGCCUAACCCUAACCAAGUCAUAAACUCAUCUUCUCUUUCAUCAAAGAAGAGAUGCUUAAGGUGUGGUAGUCUCUACCAUGAUAUGGAUAACUCCCCCACUGCUUGCUCUUUUCAUGGCCACACAACUGGUGAAAGAGGGUUGUUUGCACUAGCACCGCCGCAUCAAGGUAUCGACGGAGAAUGGAGCGAAAAGAGUGGUGUUAUAGUCUACCGAUGGAAUGAGAAAGGAAACCGGCCAAACACCGGUAGGGCUAACUGGAAGAAGAGAUGGACAUGCUGCCAGGAGUAUGAUGAGCAUGCAACACCUUGCAGAAAAGGCUGGCAUGUUUGCUAUGAUGAUGGAUAUACAUUGUAUUAAUAUUAAUUAAUUUGUGCUCAUUAAAAUUCCUUCAUUUA